UAAAAGAUGGAAAGCCCUUAUAUAGUAGAGUCUGGUGGGUGUUAAGCAAUGAAUAAACGUCUCUGUCAGGACGCUGAGCCCGGCAGGGGGCGUGGCCACCGGAAUUACUUUGGUCCACAGUCCCCGCGGUCAUGUGAUUGCUAAGAUGGCGUCGUCCUGUUCUCGGAGGCUGCUAGCUGCCGCUCUGCUGCCUUGGUGCUGCGCCGCCUGGGCCCUGGGGCAUCUGGACCCACCUCCACCACUACCGCUGGUGAUCUGGCAUGGGAUGGGGGACAGCUGUUGUAACCCCAUGAGCAUGGGUGUCAUUAAAAAGAUGGUUGAAAAAGAAAUACCUGGGAUUUACGUCUUGUCUCUAGAGAUUGGGAAGAACAUGAUGGAGGAUGUGGAGAACAGCUUCUUCUUGAAUGUUAAUGUCCAAGUCAACAUGGUGUGUCAGAUUCUGGGAAAGGACCCUAAGUUGCAGCAGGGAUACAAUGCUAUUGGCUUCUCCCAGGGAGGCCAGUUCCUGAGGGCAGUGGCUCAGAGAUGCCCAACACCUCCCAUGAUGACCCUGGUCUCAGUUGGGGGACAACAUCAAGGUGUCUUUGGACUCCCCCGAUGCCCAGGAGAGAGUUCUCACAUCUGCGACUUCAUCAGGAAGUCACUUAAUGCUGGUGCUUACUCCAAAGUUGUGCAAGAACGCCUGGUGCAAGCACAAUACUGGCAUGACCCUAUCAAGGAGAGUGUGUACCGAAACUACAGCAUCUUCUUGGCAGACAUAAAUCAAGAGAGGUGUGUCAAUGAAUCCUACAAGAAAAACCUGAUGGCCCUCAAGAAGUUUGUGAUGGUGAAAUUCUUUAACGAUUCCAUUGUGGACCCUGUCGACUCUGAGUGGUUUGGAUUUUACAGAAGUGGCCAAGCUAAGGAAACCAUUCCCCUCCAGGAGAGCACUCUAUACACAGAGGACCGCCUGGGGCUAAAGAAAAUGGACAAAGCAGGAAAGCUAGUGUUUCUGGCUAAGGAAGGGGACCACCUUCAAAUAUCUAAAGAAUGGUUUACUGCCCACAUCAUACCUUUUCUUAAGUGAAGCCCUGGCACUUUACAGCAGAGUUCAUGAAACCACAGCUCUUCCAAGCCAUGUACAUAGUUCAUGCUCAGCCCUGAACUCGAAUCUAGCCUGCAACCAGCCCUUCUCCUCUUAUCAUCUAACACACCCUACUUGGAAAGAUCUAAGAUCUCAAUCUUAUCCUUUGCCGCCUGCUAUCACCAUAUGGUGUUGAAUUCAAGUUUAAUUAGCUAAUAAGCAUGGAGAUUGUUUUACAACUUUGUGAUAUGGUCAAGCUCCCGUUUAAGAAAGGGGAGUCUGUUGUUGCAGAUCAGUAAUUGUGCCUAAAAGAGACAGAAGUGAAAAAGAGACAAGCUCUGAGGGCAAAAACCCAUACAAAUUUGGAGCAAAUAAAAGCCCAGGUCUGAGACGUUCACACAAGCAAUUUCUCUGCACUGCUGUGUGGGCCGUGCAUGUUUCCCCAUCAUUUCUUAAGGCUGUUUUCCUGUGUAAGUGUUGCCCUCUAGAGGUACCUAGCAGUCACUCCACAAGCCUACCAUCACGCCCCCUUCAGAGCUCACCUUGUAUCCUUAAUCCUCAGUAACAGAAUUCGUCACAAAGGGGGGAACCGCCAGCAGGGUUGCUUAGGAAAGGAAAUGUACCUUUAAUUCUCUUUUUUGAGACAGGGUUUCACUCACUUUGUAACCCUAGCUGGCCUGGAAUUCACUAUGUAGAGCAGACUGGUCUUGAACUCACAGUCUCAGAGAUCACCUGCCCCCUCUGCCUUUCAAGUACAGGGAUUAAAGGCAUGCACCACCACAGCCUACAGCAGUGUGUGUCUUAUAUACUAUGAGAGAGUGAGGGAGGAUAGAAGUGAAAACCAGGUGUCUGUUCUUGCCACUGCACUCUUGGCUAACUGCCCUUAAUAUUAUAAGUGGCAUAAAUAUCACACCAUUGCAAAGAAUGGGAGAAAUAGUCUAAAAAGGUGGGGCUUUGACAUUCCUACCCUACAUCCUAUUUACCAGCAUACAUCAAACUGCGGCUGACUUGAUUCCUCAAGAAAACGAUUGAGGAAUAUUGUAGACUUUUCCCUCUGAAAAUCAACUCCUAUUAAACGGAUUAUAACUAUCCCCCGUUUCCUACAGUUGAGCAUGGACUCCCUAGCCCCCAUGCUGAAAGAUCUCAGCAUGUUCUAGAUGGGUCCUCUAGAGCACGGGUUUGGAGAAAUGACUGUUUUCAUGAAAGCACCAUUAGCACCACAGAAUUCACCCACUGCCUGUUUUUAUCCUUUUCCUUUCUCAAACCUACUCAAAUAAAAGGAUGAAAGUGGGAGGAUCUAAAAAUAGUUUUGAGAUUGUCUUAAAAAAAUAAUAAAGAGUAGUUUCGUA